AUGCCGGCUGGUGGUUGCGCGAGAAAGGAGACCGGUUUGGUGGCCGGUAGGUAUCUCCAGCUACGAGAACAGCUUUGUUCUCCCGAGGGCCAACAGGACGCCGGCGCCAUCUGCCUCAAGCUCCUCUCGCAACUCAAGGGUACUAUACAGCUCGGCAAGAUUGAGGACAAGCUCAACUGA